CACCUCAGCAGCCACGCUCGGCCUCUGUCCCCGACACACACCUACAGCUCCAUCCCCUUCUGCAUGGACACCGAUGGGAAGGAGGAGGAAGAAAGUGAAGAGGAGGCAGAUGAGGAGACAGACGCAGAGCCCGCUGAAAGUCACUACAGCCAACACCACAACCGGCAGAAGCACAAACACCAGCUGCUCCCCCCCUCUCCACACAAGCUGCUCCUCCACGGGCUGGAGCAGACCCCCGCCUCCAGCACCGGGGAUCUGGACAGGUCGGUCACAGGGUCCAUGGUAAACAGCUGGGGCUCAGCAUCCGAAGACAACAUCUCAUCUGGCAGGUCCAGUGUUGUCAGCACCUCGGAGGGGUCCUUCUUCACAGACGGAGAUUUCAACCAGGCGGCGUUGUCUUUGCGUGAAAACGCCGGCCUGCGCAUAGGCCGAUAUCCAGAGGAGUCAGGCCGGCGCCCCCAGCGGCCCAGCAGCCCCAUGUCCACAGACAGCAACAUGAGUCCUGCAAUAACACAUAAAAGACCCAGAAGACAUAAACAGAACCAGUCUGGUCACCAGGACUACCAACCCAAAGAUGUCUUCAAUGAUGACUCCUGCACGCCUCUGAGUUUUUCCAGCAAGAUGUCCCACGGCGACUAUAUAGCGAGGGGCGCCACGCUGCCCCGGGUGGGCUCUGGGGAGGCCCGGGGGCGGAGGGGCAGCACUGGGACUCACAGGGUCAGGGAGGCUGCAGAGGGCCAGGAGAAGCACAAGACUCCACCCGGAGGAAAAGGAAGCAGCAAGAGCCGACAGCACUCAGAAUUAAGGGAUGUCCUUCUGUACAGUCGUCCUGCUUUCCCCUCAGGUCAUGCUCAGAGGGAGCCUGAUGAUACUCACCCAUCCAGCUUUAUGUCAUGUGGAGACUCAAGGACCAAACAGGGAGGACAGGUGGAGGAGUUCCUCAAAAGCUAAGAAGCAAACCGAGCACAAAAAGAAAACUUACCGUUGCUUCGGACGAAGGACUUUGACCAUUAAAGGAUGGAAAAAAGACUUUAGAAAUACUGCACAAUACAUGCUAUUGUUUUUAUACUUCGAAUUUCUCAUUUGGUGUUGAAAAAAAAAGAAAAAAGUGCCCUCAUGUUUGAGCCUGUGGACUUCAAUUAGUUUGCUUUUCGGGUGCCGGCCUGCAGGAGUCCACUGCUGGUUUCCCCUUGGUAAUGCAACAUGAAUGCACAUUUAAUGGCGACCAUGAGUGUCUACACAAACAUCGUCCGUGGCGUCUGCACGAUGCGGCGCCGUACCUGAUCUUUGCUUGUCAGUUGUCUUGUUCUUUUUUCCUGUAAUUGAUAUCCAGUUCAUUACCAGCCAUCUUGUAAAUUCCUGAAAUUGUUUACUGCCACAGAAGUGCUUCGAAUUCAAAUUUUAUAUAACAGUGUUAAUGUUUUAUAAGUGAUGUACAUCUUGUCUUUGUAUUAUUUGUCCUACUUUGGUUAUAAAAGCACAAUCACUUAGUUUUUAUUCUAAGUCUUUAUUAUUAUGAAUUCCAGUCUGGAGGAAAAACAGGCUUUGUCAAUCAUUUCGUUCAGGCUGAGAAAACGAUUGUUGAUUGUGAUUGUGCAUUCAGUUGCGUACAUGUAAGCUGCUUUCAUACAGAUGUGUUGUGUGUACUGAGAGAAUUGCAUGCAGAUUCACCUGUAAGAGCUUUUACUUAACAUCUUGACUGCUUAAUCGUCCUUUUGGGAUGAUGAAAAAAAAAAAUUGUUUAGGGACUGGUUCCAUUUUUUGUUUUCUCCACUGAAGCCCAUGUCAUUCAGCCCUGUGUUCCCCUGACCUUUGCCAUAGCUCUUUGGAGCAGGGCUGGACAAUAGCUGUCAUUUAUCUAAGUACUUAUCAAUGAGACACAUUUUCAGUAAUUAUAUAUAUUAUAAAAAACUACAAAUAUCAGAAAGUCAGUGUAAGAAAGUGAAUAUAAUCAGAAAAUGUUGUAUUAAAAACAUAUAUUGAUAUUGUAUUAUUUAUAGAUCUAAUGUUACAUUUUGCAUUGCGUGAUACAUUUUGGUCAUAUUGUCCAGCCCUAUUCUGUAAGUUAAAUAUGGAAGAAAUUUGUCACUUUAACUACUCUGUUUGAAUAAAUAUUGCUGUUCCUU